ACCUUGCGUAAUAGAAUCACUGUCACUCCUAGAGGUCAAGUGGGCAGACAGUUAAUGCUUCUCUGUGAACAGCUCAGUAAAUCAUCUUCUAAACCUCGGUUCAAAGCCCACGCUGAGGUUAAGAAAAAUUGACGUUCGGUCUGUGAACUUAAUGUCCAGCUCCAGAAAAACUCGGGCGGCACAUGUGUAGCGAAUUAAGUAGACGCAGACAAUAAAGACACUGCCAAAUUGUAAAACGAGGCUUGGAAAUUACAGAAAAUGUUGCUCGUUAUUGAUUACGGUGACCAUUCAGUUCUUCCCGAGCCACCCCAAACAAUCAUUCAUUUUCCAGCCGAGAGCCUGCUCAUUUGCAAGAUAAAAGGGAGACAUUUCUGCACAUGCCCAUAAUGUUCUUCACCACUGGGGGCAGCUUUACAUAAGACUGCAUUCACUGAAACCAAAGCAACAGUCCGAGCAGCUUUCAGAAUGACAGUCUGCAGAAGUGAGCUGAGCGUGUGCGCGGUCCCGGGCUCCCCUGCCUUCCGGGCUCCGAGGCAGCUCUGUGGCUGAACCGGGCGCUCACCGCCAGACAUGCCGGGCUUUGGAAUACAGAUGUGGCAGCUCAGGUAGCCCCGCGUCGCCUGGAGGAAUACAUCAUGCUUCCGGAUAAGAAGAAAUUGUAGACGCCAGUUGCUUUUUUUUUUUUUUAACACCCUCCCCCCCACCACCCCGUUCCCUCCUCCCCCUCCCAAAAAAACCUGUAAAGAUGCAAAAACGUAAUAUCCAUGAAGAUCCUAUUACCUAGGAAGAUUUCGAUGUUUUGCUGCAAAUGCGGAGUUGGGAUUUAUUUGUUCUUGGAGUGUUCUGCGUGGCUGGCAAAGAAUAAUGUUCCGAAAUCGGUCCAUCUCCCAAGGGGUCCAAUUUUUCUUCCUGGGUGUCAGCGAGCCCUGACUCACUACAGUGCAACUGACAGGGGCUGUCACGCAAGUGGCCCCCUAAGCCAAAGCCAAGACCUAAGGACGACCUUUGAACAAUACAAAGGAUGGGUUUCAAUGUAAUUAGGCUACUGAGCGGAUCAGCUGUAGCACUGGUGAUAGCCCCCACUGUCUUACUGACAAUGCUUUCUUCUGCCGAACGAGGAUGCCCUAAGGGCUGUAGGUGUGAAGGCAAAAUGGUAUAUUGUGAAUCUCAGAAAUUACAGGAGAUACCCUCGAGUAUAUCUGCUGGCUGCUUAGGUUUGUCCCUUCGCUAUAACAGCCUUCAAAAACUUAAGUACAAUCAGUUUAAAGGGCUCAACCAGCUCACCUGGCUGUACCUUGACCAUAACCAUAUCAGCAAUAUUGAUGAGAAUGCUUUUAAUGGAAUACGCAGACUCAAAGAGUUGAUUCUGAGUUCCAACAGGAUCUCCUAUUUUCUCAACAAUACCUUCAGACCGGUGACCAAUUUACGGAACUUGGACCUGUCCUAUAAUCAGCUGCAUUCUCUGGGAUCGGAGCAGUUUCGGGGCUUGAGGAAGCUGCUGAGUUUACAUUUGAGGUCGAACUCCCUGAGAACCAUCCCUGUGAGAAUAUUCCAGGACUGCCGCAACCUGGAACUUUUGGACCUGGGAUAUAACCGGAUCCGGAGUUUAGCCAGGAAUGUCUUUGCUGGCAUGAUCAGACUCAAAGAACUUCACCUGGAGCACAAUCAAUUUUCCAAGCUCAACCUGGCCCUUUUCCCGAGGUUGGUGAGCCUUCAGAACCUGUACUUGCAGUGGAAUAAAAUCAGUGUCAUAGGACAGACCAUGUCCUGGACCUGGAGCUCAUUACAAAGGCUUGACUUAUCAGGCAACGAGAUCGAAGCUUUUAGUGGACCCAGUGUCUUCCAGUGUGUCCCGAAUCUGCAGCGCCUCAACCUGGAUUCUAACAAGCUCACAUUUAUUGGUCAGGAGAUUUUGGAUUCUUGGAUAUCCCUCAAUGACAUCAGUCUUGCCGGGAACACCAUCAUCUGCGCCAGCCCCAAAGAGCUGCAGGGAGUCAAUGUGAUCGAUGCCGUCAAGAACUACAGCAUCUGUGGCAAAAGUACCACGGAGAGAUUUGAUCUGGCCAGGGCGCUCCCCAAGCCCACCUUCAAGCCCAAGCUCCCCAGGCCGAAGCAUGAGAGCAAGCCCCCUCCGCCCCCCACGGUGGGGGCCACGGAGCCCAGCCCAGAGACCGAUGCUGACACGGAGCACAUCUCUUUCCAUAAAAUCAUCGCGGGGAGCGUGGCCCUGUUCCUGUCCGUGCUCGUCAUCCUGCUGGUGAUCUACGUGUCCUGGAAGCGGUACCCGGCCAGCAUGAAGCAGCUGCAGCAGCGCUCCCUCAUGCGCAGGCACAGGAAGAAGAAAAGACAGUCCCUCAAGCAGAUGAAUCCCAGCACCCAGGAGUUCUAUGUAGAUUACAAGCCCACCAACACCGAGACCAGCGAGAUGCUGCUGAAUGGGACGGGACCCUGCACCUAUAACAAAUCGGGCUCCAGGGAGUGUGAGAUUCCUUUAUCGAUGAAUGUGUCAACCUUCCUGGCAUACGACCAGCCCACAAUAAGUUACUGUGGGGUGCACCAUGAACUUCUCUCCCAUAAGUCCUUUGAGACGACGGCACAGGAAGAUACGAUGGAAACGCACCUAGAGACUGAGCUGGACCUGAGCACAAUCACGGCCGGCCGCAUCAGUGACCACAAGCAGCAUCUGGCCUAACCGCGCUACACGGUGGCCGGGGGCGGCCACCAAACCGUAACCUCAAGGACAAAAAGAGGAAGAUUUGUUCGGUGUGGACUCUAAAAACGAAACAAAAAAAAAUCCCCUGUUAAAAAUCCAAGAUUGAUUCAUGAAAUAAAGAAGACAUUAAUUGUUUCAAGUCUAUACUUUGUAAUUAGCUAAGUUGUGCAGUAUUUUUUUUUACUUAAACAGAGUAUUUCCCUGAAAGAAAAAAAAAAUCUUUUUCCUCCUAAACUCAUCCUACCUAUCUGUAAAAACUGUACAGAGCUAAUGUAUUUUUCAUAUUGUAAAAUUUCAAUUAUACAAACGACUGGUAUGGACAGUACCAUAAUUUAAUUACAGUUUACUUUACAAACUUUACACAUUUCCGUUUCUAAAAUUUUAAAUUAACAAGAAAUUAUUUCCUGUGUUAUUCAGAGUUACUCCGUUUUGUAGGGACUGUUUUGUUACUGCUUUUGUGCCCAGAAACCUUGACUAAAAUUCUGUGCUGUGAGGAACAUGCACGAUUUUUAUCAUGCUUACUGCGUAGAAUUUUAUCUACUUGUUCCAGAAAUAAUACAUUAACCAAAAAGGGUUUAAUUGUUGAGACUUGUUAAGAAGUUCUUCAAUUACAUAGCCAGGUUUUUCUUAUAAAUGGAAAAAAAAAAUCAAAGAUUUUUUUUAACACUUCUUCUUCACAGACUUAACUGUUGCCUUGAAUUACAGCCUAGUUUCUAAGCAGUGAAAU